AUGUUAAAUAAAAUCCUAAGAUCAAUAAACAAGUUUUCAACUGUGUAUCCAAAAAGGAAUUUCAACAUCGAUUACUUGUAGGACGUAGAAAUCAUCACAAGAGAUUAUUAUGGUAGUUUAAGGAAUAUCUUAAAGUCAUUCUCAAAUCAUAAGAUCAAUCUUUAUGAUAUCGAAACCCUAAAAUUGAAUAGAACAGCCAAGUAUUCUUUAACUACUAUAAAAGAGGCUAGAAGAUAGUGGUAAAGCUCACCUUUGAGAAGGUUGAAGAUUAUAAAUUUAAUGAGUUGGUUUUUGACUUGUAGUAGAGAUAUGACGAAGUAGUCAUUGAUAAUGAUUCCUAAAUUCCCACAGUUCCUUGGUACCCUAGAAAUGAUGAAGACUUAAAAACAAGUACUUUUUACAAUCAUAUACUAAGUUGGACUAAUCAUGUAGGUAAAUGAAGAAAACAACUAAGAUCACCCUUAAUUCAAAGAUUAGGAAUAUAGAAAAAGGAGAGAAGAAAUAGCAAAGAUUUCAUAGGCUCAUAUGGUGGGAGAGCCAGUACCAUAUAUAAAUUACACCUAACAAGAAGAAGAAACGUGGAAAAAGAUAUACACAAUUUUAAGAGGAAAGGUUGACCAAGUGAUGUCUUAAAGAUAUCUAAAUAAUUUAGCCAAGAUAGAAAAUGCUUUGGGAUUUAAAUACAAAAUUCCUUAAUUGAGAGACAUAGAUGCUUAUCUGAAGGCAGAAACUGGAUUUAGGAUUAAAGCAACUCAUGGAAUUUUAAGUCAAAGAGAAUUUUUAAAUUCUCUAGGACACAGAGUUUUCUGUUGUACUCAAUACAUCAGACAUCAUUCAACACCCGAAUAUACUCCAGAACCAGAUAUUGUUCAUGAAUUAGUGGUAUUUAUAGAGUGUAAUUUAUUAGGGUCAUGUACCAUUAUUUGCAGAUAAAGAAGUAGCUGACUUAUCUUAAGAGAUUGGUAUUCUUUCAUGUGGUGCAGAGCAAAAGGAUUUAUCAAGACUAGGGACCUUGUAUUGGUUUACUCUUGAGUUUGGGGCCUGUAAAGAAAAUGGACAAAUUAAAGGAUAUGGUGCAGGAAUUGCUAGUUCUAUUGGAGAAUGUGAAGUAAGAGAUUGCUUAUAUCAUUUAGCAUUUCCCUAAAGCUAAAUAUGAAAAAUUUGAUCCUUUUGUACAUGCAGAUAGAGCCUACCCAAUAUAAACAGUAUAGCCGACUUAUAUGUAUACUGAAAACUUUGAGGAAGCGAUGCAGAAUUUGAUUAUCUUUGGUAAAAGUCUAUAAAAGCCUUUUGGAUUGUACUAUGAUCAUAUAGAGAGAGAAUUAAAGGCCACAAGAAGGAUUAAAACUCAUCUUAAUAGUCAAUGA